AUGGAAGCCUACUAUGGGCCAGGAAGCAUACUUGACAAGGUGGUCAAGGCAGCCUCUAGCCAGAGGUUCUCUGGAAACCGUCAGAUUGAAAAUCACGUCCGGCAGCACCUCGGACAGGCGCUUCAGGAAGCGAAGGCUGAAAGGGAGAGCGCACAGCGGACUCCCAGGGAGGGGGAUGGGGAGUGGAAGCGCAGAUCCUGCUCUUUCGUUUUCGUUUCCCGGAAGGAUAGCGACUACCGGAGCUCAUUACCGCUCCGGGAUUGCAAGAUUUGGGUGGAAGUAGGGCCAGGAAGCGAAGACCAAGGUUCCCCGGCAACAGGAGCCUGCUCAGCCCUCAUGAGAGAAAGCCGGGUUUCCACUCCUUCACCUGUAAGGCCGGGAGGAGAGUUGACUAAUUCUUCUUCCAAUCCCGUGUCAACAACACCACCCCCUGUCACUCAGCUUCAAGCCAGGUGUGAGACUAGAAUGCAACUUAUCCAUGAGGAGGAGAUCUGCAAGUUGCCAGGCAGACUCAGAAUUCAGCCUUCUCUGUGGAGUAAGGAGGAUGUGAUUCACUGGCUAAGAUGGGCUGAACAGGAAUACUCCCUCCCACAGACGAUGGAGCACAAGUUUGAAAUGAAUGGGAAGGCCCUCUGCAUCCUGACCAAGGAUGACUUCAGAUACCGAGCUCCCGGUUCAGGUGAUGUCUUGUAUGAGCUGCUCCAGUAUAUUAAGACGCAGAGGAGAGCCCUGGUCUGUGGACCCCUCUUCAACACACCAUUCAGGCCUAUGAUUCCCUUCCAGCUGCCUCUCUGUCCUCUGGAAGGGGGGAACAGCCCCUUACAACCUACCUCUCAUGGGGUUCUCCUGCCACCCCCACGGAAUGAGAUGUCCUGCAACACAUCUGGGCAGCAGGAUUCUGCUUCCCUGCCAAGACGGGCUUUCUUCAGGGAAGAGCCGCUCAAUCUCUCUCACACCUCAGAUGUCAACUAUAGGGCAGAGGUCAUUUGUUCCUUUCACAGAACAAAGCAAGCUUCUAUUGAUGGAAAACUUGCAGACUGUCGAUUGCUAUGGGACUAUGUGUAUCAACUGCUCUCUGACAAGAGGUAUGAAUCUUACAUCAAGUGGGAAGACAGGGACUCCAAGGUCUUCCGAGUGGUGGAUCCAAAUGGACUUGCCAGGCUCUGGGGAAAUCACAAGAACCGGGUGAACAUGACCUAUGAGAAGAUGUCCAGGGCUCUCCGGCAUUACUAUAAACUGAAUAUCAUCAAAAAGGAGCCAGGCCAGAAACUUUUGUUCAGAUUCCUGAAAACUCCGGAUGAGAUUGUCCAUGACAAAGCCAGCAAGUUGGAGCAGCUGGAACAUCAGGAUCAGGAAGGACUGGAUUUUAAGGAGGAGAUGUUAGAAGUCUCACCCUAAGGGACAGUUGACAGUCAGGGAUGUAUUUCUCUGAUCUAGAAGUUUUUUUUUUUUAAUACUAGAGGAAG